GCUGUACGUCACUUCCUGUGGAGGGAAUUUAACCCGGAAGUGGGUGUAGUCUUUUAAGGGUGUAGUCUGUUUGAGGAAACAACGGAGAACCGAACCAGAACCAACCAGAGUCCGAAACCGGACCAGACCAGGCCGCAACAGACCUCCGGGUCAGAGUGAAGAACCAGACCGAGACGAAGCGUCAGUUUUCCCGCUUUGUUUAGAAUCAUCGACCGGUUAGCUGCGAACGGCUAAUUAACGGGAAAGCUAACGGGGAAGUUCCGGCGCAGGUGAAUUCAGGCUCGAGGCGCAGGUGUGUUUUCUUCCCGGGAAUCAAACAGGUGAGGAAAAACCUCGUCCAGGUUCAGCGUUACUAACUGAAUGAGCUCUAAACUGUGUUAACAUGUUGAAGAGGAGGGCGGUGGUCCGGAGUUAGCAUCAGGAGCUAACAUGAAGAAAACGAGAGAAAAACAAACAAAUCAGGUCAAAAUGUUUAAUUAACGAACUAAUUAACUAACAGAUUUAAUAACAAUUAAAUCUAAUGUCUGACACAUGCGCAGAAAGAGUCCUACUUUAUCUGUACAGAGGAGGAUCUGACACUUUUAAAAGAGAUUAUUGAUUAUUUUAGUCAAACUGCGUCAUGAUCAUUAAACCUAUAUUUCUAAUAUUAAAUCAUUAAUUAACUCCUUUAAUAAAGAGACAGCAGGGCUCGAGCUCUUAUUGAUUGUUCCUCUUAUAUAACCUCUUCAGAAAAAGCUGCUCUGUUCCUGGAAGAUGAUUUAAAUAAAGAUCUAACCGGGAAAUAACCGCUUUCUAAGGGAACAACUCCACAUAUUCGAGAGAUUUAAUUCACACAAAACAAACUUUAACUCUUUCUUACAGUCAUGAUACAUUAAGAGACAGUGUUUCUCAACUGGUCUCACCCUGGGACCCACAUUUUCCCAUGGUCCUUAAGUCGCGACCCACUUUUAUAGAAUUCCAUCCAAGCAAAUUUAUUUUUUAUUUAAAGAAAAACCUUUAAAGACUCAAAUCUUUAACAUAAAUCCACUUGUUUUAUUGAAUAAAUUGCCUUUCAGAGCACAUGAAGGCAACAACAUGAGGACGACAACUACUGAAGUUGCUUAUACAGAAAAUAUUGAAUAUCUAAUAAAUCUCGCAUUAAAUAUUUACUUUUUUGACCAGCUGUUUUUGACCCAUCCAGAACAUGUCCGUGACCCACUUUUGGGUCGGGACCCACCAGUUAAGAACCACUGCAUUAGGAGACAUGUCUAAAUGUAUUUAUUUUUGUUUUUAUAUAAAGGAUUUUACCUGAUGGAUGUACCUGCACCAACAUGACCAGCCUGUAAACAGCAUCAUUUCCCUGAAAACUGAGAUUUAUUUAACACCGUCUGUUCUGAGCCCUGUGUUUCUGUUGUGUGUCUGUCAGAGGACACCUUAGACAGCCUACUGCUGAGUUUAACUAACUAUAAUUAGGGCUGGGCGAUAAAACGAUAACAAUAUAUAUCUAAAAUUAAUUUCCCACGAUAUCAAUACAGGGCUCGACAGUGCAACCGUUUCACUUGCAUUAGCAAAUAAAAAUAAAUGUGUGCGAAUUGUAAAAUGUAUUUAGGGUCACGUGCGAAUAAAAAAAUCAGCCAAGGUAACAAAUGUUUUUUUUUUCCUGUAAAUAUGCCGGUGAAGUUAGUUUUAGGUUGGAUAUCUGACGGACAUUCACUGAGGAUCUAACGGUGUCUUCUCACUCUCCAUAACCGGGAAUAACAACAGCAGCGCAGUUAAAUCUACUCAGCACCCUCGCUGUCAAUGUCGGGGGUUGAAUAAGUGACCAUCAAUAAAUUACCAGUUGAUGUUCUCAGAAACGGCUGUUUUCCUUCAAUAGCUUCCAUGUCAUGUGACCAGUUGACCUAAAAUUGAUUUCAAAUAAUAAUGUCGACUAAUAAGACAUACCUCUUAUGUCCCUAAUUUGUUCUCAUAAAUUUUAAAUGUUGAAUUUUAAAGGCAAAUUUUGAACAUUUUCUUCAGUCUUCCAUGUCACGUGACCAGUUGACCUAAUUGAUUUGAAAUAAUAGUACUAUGGUCGGACAAUAAGACAAACAUUAUUUGAUCAAUUUUCAUUGAGCCCCUAAAGUCCUUUGUGUGCUCCUUACUUUUAUAAGUUAGGCGAACAUGUGAAAAAAUGUUGUGUCAAGCCCUGUAGUAUAAUACAUGGUCAAUAUGAUUUUCAAAAAUCGUCAUUCUGCCAUGUUUUGGUAGACUAUGCUAAUAGCCAAUGAAAAGGGAAGUUGCUCCGGGUCCGCUUCCUGCUAAACCAAUCAUGUGCUGAAUAAGAACCUAGUAUCAAACAACUGCGUAGUAGCAGACAGCAGCUAGAAAAUGAGUGCUACCCCCCGACAGAAAUUAUGAUGAAGGCUCAACAGAUGAUGACAUCGUUGACAACACUGGCACGAUAACGUUGGUGGUGUGGAGGUAUUUUGGUUUUUUGAGGUCGGACAUGAAGCAGAGUAAUGUGGACUGUAAAUUAUGUUGAGUACAUGUUCUCACAAAGUUGGGGAAUACCUCAAAUCUUUUUUCACCACCUGAAGCAGCGCCACACCGCAGAGCAUGCGCAAUGCAAAAGGUUACAAACCCAGAGAGGAGCAAGGAGCCCAUGGCGCCUGUGCAGCCGAAAUAGCUGACCAUUCAAUCCGCUUUCUCUAGAGCAACGCCUUAUGAUAAAACGUCAAAGAGACACAAAGACCUCACAGAUACAGUAGAUAUUGUACGUGAAAAGACAUGCGACCAAUAAACACUUACAUUUCAUUUUUUAUAUCCUGAUAUAUAUCUAUAUUGACUGAUAUGAAAAAAACUUUGUCCCAUAUCACCCAGCCCUACUUAUAACUGCAGACUUGAAUAUGAGUUGUGGGUUAUAAACAGUCUCUCAGAUCACAGACUCCAGUAAAGUGUACAAAAAUCACCCACCAAGCUUCUGUGAACCAACAUGUAAGAGGGUUGUGUGUGAGAUUUAAAAUCAGCCGACCUACUUCUUUUCUUUCAGUAGAACAAGAAAAGAUGAGUGGAGGACUGAACAGCAUCGAGGCAGUGAAGAAGAAGAUCAAAGUCCUGCAGGAGCAGGCGGAGGAGGCAGAUGAGAGGGCAGAGAGGCUGCAGAAGGAGGUGGAGAGGGAGAAGAGAAGCAGAGAGGAGGUACACAAACACACACACAUGUACAGGUUACACAGGGAGGGACACACACCUGAAUCCUCAUUUAUAAAUAUACACAACUAAUGCUGUUUGAAGACAUUUUACUAACGACUCUAGCCAAGAUAUUCACACCUGAGAGAACCGACUCUAAAAUCCUGCUGCUGGUCUAUAAAGUCCUGAAUGGUUCUGGUCCAAAAUACAUCAAUAAUCUACUCGGUCAGUAUGAACCAUCCAGACCGCUCAGCCAGUGGCGGUUCUAGACCAAAUUACUCCCCGGGCGAGCACCUCUCCAAGUGCCCCCCCCCCCCCAACAAAAAUAAUAUAUUUCUCAAUUGCAGAAAUCCUUUAAUAGAAAAAAACAAAAUUCUGAGGGCCAUUUUCAGAAGGGCCCCCAGAUCCUGAGGUUUUCUGACGUGCUAAGGUUUACAAAACAGCUGCUAUCUCGGCCUCUGUAGUAGAUAGAAAAAAAAUUCAAAAAGUAUUUGAGAGCUUAAACAUGUGGCUUUCAAGAAAGCUCUCUUUCAGUUUUGCGAACCUUCAUCACAUUUUGAAAACCUUGAACAAACAAACUUAAAUGAAAUAAAGCGGCUGUAUAAAUAAAAGUAAUGGCUCUGCACUGGAGAAUGACAAAUAAUUUGCUUUCUGUAAAACAAGUGGCAGUCAUGAUAAAGUGUCCAUUCAAUACAAAUGUAAAUAUAGAAAAUAAGGUGUUGAAAGGGUAUACAGCUGCCCCAGUAUAGUGCCAGUACAAAAGCAGAACUAAACACUAUAAAAUGAAUAAAUAAAUACGUGGCUGACAGUGUGUUCAUCUCUGUUCUCACCCAAAGUCAUGCAACACUCAGAGAAAACGCUGAUAGUGUGAGCCAAAGCACUCCAUAUGAAGAGGUUGUUCACACUGCUGGAUGUUUCUCCUCUGAAGCUGCUCUCUGCCUCCGUCAUUGUUUACUUUACUCAUGAAGCUCAUCAAGCACGUAGCAAGAUCCGAGCAUGAACCCGAGCGCUUUAUUCGCCUAUCAAAGGCAGACGGGUACGGUGAUUUCAUUCACCGCGACUCCAGAAAUGAUUAAAAAACUACAAUAUGACGUGUCCGCGCUCCCGCUGAUAUGCUGACAUGCGUACACAGAGCAGAGCUGUCCCCCCGCGACUCUCUCCCCGCCUCGUCUCCUACAGUCUGUAAGCCUCUGUGCAGCACCUUCGGAGCAAGCAGGGGCGCCUACAGCAGCGGGGGGCGCCAAUUUGACAACAAGAGUUAAUACAAAACCGCUGUGCGGUUAAGCUUUAUUAUUAUUAUCUUUUAUUUUAUUUUUUUGGAAGUGCUCGUGCCGCCCCCCAUGAGUCAUGACACAAAUGCCGCCCCGGGCGGCUGCCCUGUUCGCCCGUGCCUAGAACCGCUACUGCGCUCAGCCCAUCUGUCGCAGGUUUGCUUCCUGUCCUCAGGGUCAGAACCAGACAUGGGAAAGCAGUGUUCAGUUUUAGUGCUCCUAAUAUCCGAACAGAAGACCUGAAAAUGUCUGAGUCCUCUUAGACCGAGGUUUAACACUGACCUGUUUACAGCCGCUCAGAGUUUGAUCACUUCAGCAGGUUACUUGGCUCUGUAACUUUGUAAAUCUGUCUAAUUUACUGUGUUUUCACCUUUUUUUAUUUUCUUGCUUUGACUUUAAUGUUUGAAUGAUUUUAAAAGUUUUCUUUCAGUCUGUUUUUCUGACCUUUUAUGAUUCUUGUGUGAAGCUCUCUGAACUGCGUUGUCGCUAAAUGGGCUGUAGGAAAAAUCUCGUCUUGCCUGUUACUCCUCGUCUGUAACCCUCACUUGACUCAGAGGUGGGACGACAUAAGGAGGGAGAAGGUAGUAACAGAGGUGCAAUCAGUCUGUAUUAUGUGUCACCAAUUAACAACAAAUACAAUCUUGAGAUUCUUCACUUUGUUAUCUAUGCAGGCCCAGCAUCGUGAGAUAUGACCGAGUUCCACAAGAAACAAAGAAAUAUGAAGAAAAAUUUAAGAAAGAAACAAAAAAACAGGAAUAAAUAUGAACCAAGUGCUCACUACAGAGAUGUCAGUAUAAAGUGUGAUGACUUUAUUGAGGAAGAGUAACCAUCUGUCUUCCUCUAAAAUCACACAAAGAUCAUAAAUGUUGAAGUAAUUUGAGUGAAAUCUCAAACAUGAACGAUAACAGAGCGCUCGGUUCACACCAGGGUUCAGUCACAGUCUAACUACAUUGGCAGGAAGCUCAGACAUGCAGACAGCAGAGGAGUAUGAGACAAGAUUGAGGCCCACAGUUUCAGCUUUGAUGUUCUGACCUGGUCUCUGGUCCAUGUCUUGGACCGAGUCCCUGAUUUUUGUAGUCCUUCUCCAGGAGUUUUCUUUAUUGGUCAUCUUUGUCUUGAUGCUGAAGUGUCCUCUAAUGGCCUUGACCUGUUUGCACAGAGUGAGGAGUUUACUGAUCCGAGCUGAUAUUGAUUUUAACGUUUAUUCUAAAAUGAUUGAUUAAUCUCUGUUCAGAUUGUUAUGAUCAGAAUUUAAUGAACUCAACUGUGAGCGUGCUUUUAAAGACUACAGACAGAGCACUACAGCUCUACAGAGUGACUAUCAGUGUGUGCACGUAUGUUAUCGAAUUAUCGUCCAGCACUAACACACACAUACACACACACGAGGAAAACGUGUUUAUGUUGUGUAUCAGUUGUGUAUCUUAAGUCCUAGACCAGCUGUAGGUUUCUCUGGGUCAGUUUAUUCCCUGAGGGUCGCCUGACAGGCUCUGUGACUGUGAGCUCUCUAUCCCUUUUCUGUGUCUGACAGGCUGAGGCAGAGGUGACGGCUCUGGGUCGCCGCCUGCAGCUCAGUGAGGAGAACCUGGACCGAGCCCAGGACCGCCUGACCACCGCCCUGCAGAAACUGGACGAGGUGGAGAAGGCCGCCGACGAGAGCGAGAGGUGCAACUCACCACCCACUCACCUGAGACUCACCUGAAUCACAUAACAGGCUCACCUGAGGUUUAUAACAGACAGACCUGAUACCCACGACUGCUAACAGGCUCACCUGAAACUCAAACAGGCUCUCCUGAGUCAUACUUGAGCCACACAGCAGACUCACCUGCUGGGACAUACCUGAGACAUACCUGAGUCUGAUAAUAGUCACCUUGACUUGAGGCUCAUUACAGAGUCUCCUGAGACAUGUCGAACAAAAAGAACAGGUACACCAGAGCUAAUAUGAGAUACUGAACAGACUGACUUCAGACACACACCUGUGACUGUUUUAGCUGAUAUCUUUCACUCACCUCCAGCCUCUCUCACCUGUCUGUUUCUCACCUGUCUGUCUCCCCUGCCAGGGGAAUGAAGGUGAUCGAGAACAGAGCUCUGAAGGAUGAGGAGAAGAUGGAGCAGCUGGAGAUUCACCUGAGGGAGGCCAAACAGAUCGCAGAGGAGGCCGACCGCAAGUAUGAGGAGGUAGGACAACAUACACAAAACAAUACACACUCUAUACACACACUGUACACACACUACACACACAAUACACACACUAGCCAUACACACCACACACUACACUCUGUAUUAUCACUACAAACAGCUCCUAGGGGAGGAUCACAACUAUGAACACAAUACACAACACAAUACACAAUAACUCAAGUACAGAAACCGACACAAACUAAUGGUUUUGAACAGGUAACACAGAAACACACACCUGACCACCUGUGACAUCAUGUGAUGUGAUAAGAGUGUAUUUGAUUGACAGGUGGCCCGUAAACUGAUGAUUAUUGAAGGAGAUCUGGAACGAUCUGAAGAAAGGGCGGAGGUCGCAGAGAGGUACGCACGCACACACACACACACACACACACACACACAUUGUGCAUGUCUAACAGCUGCUCACAGCAUGAAGCUGCUCUGAUUGGCUCUGACAGACAGGUGCAAGUGUUUCACUCUAACAGCAGGAGAAGGAGACGCUCACCUGCUCAGGUGGCGUUCUGCUCUCACAGCUGAUUGGCUGACAGAGUGGAACGCGCUGUACCUGUGAUAUCACGCUGAUGACCCAGGCAUGAUGUUGCACCCAUAGACUGUAUAUACUAUGGACAACCUGGUUCCGCCUUCUGCCUGUAUACGGAUUUGAAGCCAGAAAGCUCUCGGUAAUUCCGGGUUUUUCUCCACUUCCUUGAAACCAGAGCUGCGCAGUAGCGAUGCGCGCAUUCGGCCGCGCAGUCGCCGAGAGUCGCUGUGAUGACACUCGGCUCAAACAGCGUAUCCCCCUGGGUGAGCUACGCAAUCCCUGAACGCCCAUAGGCUGUACCAGGUGUCAAUCAUAGAAAACAUGAACCCCCUAAUAACUUUUAAAAACGGAGCUGUACAGAAAAAAGAGGACUUGGGCACAAACCAGUCUUACAAUAACUACAUGUCAACAUCAAAAGCAGGGGGGAGAAAAAUUUAUGUUCUGUGUAAUAAAUUUCUAAAGUUUGUCCACAGUCCUAUAAGCUUUGCUGGCGGAGGCGUGAUUUAUGACCUGUACUGCAGCCCACCAUCAGAGGGUGCUGUUCUUGGAGUGGCUUCACCCAGCGAGGUGGCAGACUCUGUCCAUCUUAUAUACAGACUAUGGUUGCACGGCUUCACUGACAGCGCUCUAAUCCUGCUGCAUCCAUCUUUCUCUUCCUGUCUGUUUCCAUGGAAACGUCAUGCUACCUGCCCAUCCACCUGCCUUUCUUUCCGCCUGUCUGUCUGUCCGUCUAACAGUAAAGUUAGGAGGUUGGAGGAGCAGCUGAGGAGUUUCGACCAGUCACUGAAGAGCCUGCAGGCAUCUGAGGAUAAGGUACAGUGGGUCACCUGAGCGCCCACCUGCUGUCAAUCACCCACCUGCGGCUCCUCCUCCUUCUGCUGCCUCACCUGACCUCUGACCUCUGAUCACAGCUGUUGCUUCAGCUCCUCCUCCUGCUGCUCUGCAUGGCUUUAACUGCUGCAUCCAACUAGGCACAAACUAUGAGUUAACUACACACGAACUACAAGCUAACUGCAAACUAACUACACAAUAACUAUAUAAAACCAUAUAGUCUUGAUAGUACACACUAACUACAUUAACUACAUACUGGCUACAUAAAACUGUAUAGUCUAUGAACUACACAGAAACUACAUACUAACAAUGCACAAACUACACACAAACUACACAAUAACUGCAUAAACCUAACUACAAGCGAACUACACAUGAACAACACAAUUACACACAAACUACGCAUAAACUAUACACUAACUACAUAAAACCGUAUAGUCUAUAAAGAACACACAAACUGCACAAUAACUACACACUAACUAAACACGAACUACAUAAUAACUACGCACAAACUAUAAACUUACACGCUAUACACAUAAAACCAUAUAGUCAAAGUACACACAAACCACACACAAUCUACACACUAAAAAUGCACUGACUACACACAAACUACACAAAACAUCAUAAAACCAUAUAGUCUUAAAAGCACACACGAACUACAUACUGGCUACAUAAAACUAUAUAGUCUAUGAACUACACACAAACUACACACUAAAAACACACAAACUAUGCACAAACUACACACUAACUACAAGCUAACUACACACUAAAAUACACACUAACUACACAGAAACUACAUACUAAACUACAUACGAACAAUGCACAAACUACACAUAAACCACACACAAACUACACAAUAACUGCAUAAACUACACACUAACUAUAAGCGAACUACACAUGAACAACACAAUUACACACAAUCUACGCUUAAACUAUACACUAACUACAUAAAACCAUAUAGUCUAUAAAGAACACACAAACUGCACAAUAACUACACACUAACUAGACAUGAACUACACAAUCAUUACGCACAAACUAUAUACUUACAAACUAUACACAUAAAACCAUAUAGUCAAAGUACACACAAACUACACGCCAACAACAUAAAACCAUAAAGUCUAUAAAAUACACUAACUACACACUAAAGGCACACUCACUACAUAAAAAUGUUAAGGCUAUUAAGUACACACUAACAACACACAAACUACGCACUAACCAAAUAAAACCACAGUCUAUAAAGUAAACAAAAAAACAUACAGCCUAUUAAGUACACACAAACUACGCACUAACCACAUAAAACCACAGUCUAUAAAGUACACACUAGCUAAACACCAAACUACACACUAACUACAUAAAAAUAUCUAGUCUAUUAAGUAUACACUAACUACACACAAACUACACACUAAAUACACAGAAACUACACACUAUACUACACACUAACUACAAACUAACUACACACUAACUGCAUAAUACAGUAUAGUCUAUAAAGUACACACUAACUACAUAAAAACAAAGUCUAUAAAGUACACACAACUACACGAUAACUACACAAUUACUACACACUAAAUACACACAAACUACUCUUACUAUACACUAAACUACACACUAACUACAUAAAACCAUAUAGUCUAUAAAGUACACACAAACUACACACUAAAUACACACAAAGUACAUAAACCAAUAUAGUCUAUAAAGUACACACAAACUACACACUAACUUCACACAAACUACACACUAACUACAUAAAAACACAGUCUAUAAAGUACACACUAACUACACACACUGCACAAACUUAAUUUUAACACCAUAAUCUACCUUCAGAUUUAAACCCGUUCAACACAAUCCACUGACAAAGUACUGACACUACACUUCAACUUCACACAUGAAAUACACACACAUAGACUACAUUUUAAAACUACACAAACUACACACAAACUAUCCUCAAAUUACACAGUCUGCGACUAAUCUACUCAUACCACUUAAACAUCACACACGACAUUUGAAAACCACACACAAACUACACACCACAUCAAACUACUCUCAAACAAUGCUGGAACUACACAGAAACUGCUCGGCACUACUGUGGGUGGGGUCGGUUCAGGUAUCAGGUGAGAUAAACUCUGAGGUGUGUCCCUGCAGGGAGGCAGGAGGCGCUGUUUCCCUGUUCUCUCCUGUAAGGCGUUAAUGUUCCUCACAGGUGACAACAGUUGAUCAGGGUUUAAACCUCACCUGUUUACCUGAGCAGAGCCCUCAGAACACAGACACACCGGUCUGACCUGUCUCUGAUGUGACCUUUGACCUGCAGUAAAGCCCGAACUCUGGAGGAGGAGCUGAAAAAUGUCUGCAUUAGUUCAAAGUCUCUACAGGCCAUGGCAGAGAAGGUAGGAGGAGGAGGAGGAGGAGGGGGUUAGGAACUCACCUGCAGCAGGUGUGAUUAAGGACUGAUACAUCCAGAACUGUCUUAAUACCUGAUUGGCUGUUAGUCAGUGUUCCUCUUUUCUGAUUGGCGGUUUGUCUCUCUUAGUAUUCUAUGGAAGAGGAAAAGUACGAGGAGGAGAUCAGGAAGCUGACCAGCAAACUGAGAGAGGUCAGAGCAAACUUCAUAAACUUUUUUUAUUACCUGCUGUCUUCUUGUGUGUUACCUUCUGUUUGCAAUAUUUUUUUUGUAGGAUGGUAGGGGAAGGUCCCGCCCUUCUUCGCCUCUAAAUUUGCUCUAGAGGCACCAAUCGUGCUGGGCUCCGAUUGGUUAUUCCUUAUGGCUAUGAAAUGUCAUCGUCUGUCAGGUUAGGAGAUUGAGAAUUGCGAUAAUGUUCUGUUCGAUGUAGAGAGCCGACAGCCCAUGUUCGGCUUGAGCGUGUGAUGAUGUUUCCAGUAGGGCCAGACCGAUAUGGAUUUUUUGGGGCCGAUACCGAUUAUUAGUGGGGGAAAAAAUCUGAUUACCGAUUAUCUGGCCUAUUUUUAAACAAUUUUUAUGAAGUUCUAAAAUUUUGUUAAUUUGAGUAACAUAUCUACAUAUUUACUUUUUUUUUUUUCAAACACUUCUUCAAAGAAUUAAAGGCAGAAAACUCAUUUCAAAUCCUUUUUAUUGCUAAACAUUAAGCAUGUGUUUACAUAAUAUGAAUUCUUUUCAGCUUAUUAUUCAGACUGUAGCGGGUGUGAGUCUGAUUAUUUUGUCAACCUCCAUCAUGUCAAACUCACACACUCGUCAUCCUCUAAAAGAAAUAGCCUGUAUAAAUAAGUUAAAAUGAAGCUAACUCGCGUACAUCAUAAAAAACAACUUGACACUUGAUAUACUGUAGGCUACUGGUCUUCACACCAACAGGGAGACCAACUGAUCAUCUCAGUAAUAUUCCUCGCAUUUAUCAUGAAUCAAACUCAGACCAGAAAAGCGUUUUCAACUACCCCCCCUCCCCACCGAUCGGUGCCUCCACGUCUUAACUCACGUUACUCAUUUCUGGUCCAGUCUCAUCUGGAGACAUGCAGCUGCCUCAGUAAGAGAAGUAGCUCGAUCACAUAAUGUGUACUGCUGUUUAUUCUACCGUUACUGGCACGGCUAACAGUGUAGCAAGGCUAAUAGCAGAUGGCUAACUCUAACUUUAGCUUGCAUAUUACAUGGUGCUUCACCAUUAACUCGGCGUGACCGAGACCAGCACAGGGGGGAACAUGGUGAAGUGGGUUGAACUAAAACUUGUUGAACUGAAAACUGAUUGUGUAUUUCACAAACUGUUUUAUUUACCCUUGAGGCGGACCACUCUCCUCUGUGCGUCCCUGCCACUGCCUGCUUCAUAUCUGUCACUCUGCUGUGCUGUGAGGUAGUUAGUGGAUGAAGAUUGUCAAGAGGUCGCCGCACCAUCUACUGGAUAAGUCGGGGAACUUUUUAAAUGGCGGAACAUUUUCAAAGUGAAAACAAAUCUUAUUCUCUGCAUUUUACUUCUGAAAAUAUCAGCGAAAAUCGAGGGGUUUUGGCCUAUUACAGAGUACUCUCAAAUGGGCUAAAAUUGGCCGAUUUAAUCAGCACGCCAAUAAAUUGGUUGGGCCCUAGUUUCCAGUUUUUCUAGCCAACAAGAGGCAAGGGAGGUGGGACCUUCCCCUACCAUCCUACGAAAAACAUAUCACCUUCUGGCUUCCUGUUUGUCACCUGUGUCCCUCUGUUCCAGGCUGAGUCCAGGGCUGAAGUUGCCGAGCGUACGGUGGUGAAACUGGAAAAAAAUAUCGAUGGCCUGGAAGGUAAGGAUCCGAUUUAAUGCAAGACGUCUCUCUCUCUCUCACCAUCUCUGUUCUCUCUCUCUCUCUCUCUCUCGCUGUCUCACCCUCUCUCUCUCUCUUUCUCUCUAGGUCUAUCUCUCUCUCUGUCUCUUUCUCUCUUCUCUGUCUCUCUCUCUCUCUUUCUCUCUUCUCUGUCUCUCUCUCUCUGUCUCUCUCUAAUCAAAUGUUAUAAUUCAGACUAACUGACAACGAUUCGUCCUCUCAAUCCGAUGGUGUGAUGUUUAUUUUUUUUUUUUUUCAGACGCUCUGACCUCGGCCAGAAACGCCAACAUGGAGCUGCAGGCGACCCUGAAUCAGACCAUGGAGGAGCUGAACUCCUGCUGAACCUCCUUCCCUCGCUGCCCCCCCCCUUAAUGCUCUCCUCCCUCCCUCCCCCUUUGCUUCCUGAUAGACUGGUGUCAGGGACUUUGUGGCCAAAACAUUCCAUGAAAAACCUCCCCCCUCCUCCUUCCUGCUCCUGUUGGGGAGGUCGGGGUUGAACUUUUCUCCCCCCCCUCCUCUUUUUAUCUCUAACUGAUUCCUGCUCCUCUGGAUUGGGAGUGUUGCUUUGACUAACUUCUCCUCCUCCCCCCUCUCCUCUCCUCACCCCCUGCUCCUCCUCCUCAGUAUUAUGUGAGGGAGGUGAGAGGGGGAGGAGGAGGAGGUGCAGAUAUGUUUUGUGUGUAUAAGGGAGUUUAACACCGACUUACAGCCAUUCCUUUGUGAAUUAACCACUAAUUCCCUCUGAGUGUUUCCGUCUCAACGGUCCGUCUCUCAGCUCCUCGCUUCAUUCGCCGUCUGUUAGAGCCAAUCUCAUGUUAGCCAAUGAGCUGUCUGUGUUUUAAAGGGGGGCAAUCACAGCGAGGCAUUCCACUGCCGUGUAUAAGGCAGCCCAUGGGCCAAUCAGAGUGCAGAGACGCAUCCACUUAUUCCUACAGGUGACCUUUGACCUGAUGCCAUGAACAAAUAAAGUUUAAAAAGUUUUUAUCGGGAGGCCAGUGACGUCAUCGCCGCUCUGAUGUCAUCGCCGCUGUUACAGCUCAUUGUAAUUAAUCAUGAGACAGAUUUUAUAAAAUAAAAGCACUGUUACUGGUUUGUUGAUCCAA